AUGAAGUCGCUUGUGAGUUUUGCUUUCUUGUCUGUUAUAAUCAGUAUGGUGUGUGCUGAAGAAAUCUUGUAUCCCCGUGGCUGUAUUUAUAUUGAUGGAAAGUGUUCUAGAGAAUGUGAGGAGGGUACUCAAGCUUAUACUACUGGAUGUGAUUAUUUGACAAAGGAGGCAACUUGCGAUGAACCAAAUCCCCAACCAGAUACGCGUGGAAUGAUUUGUGACUUUACUGCUUGCUACUGCGCUCCUCCUACUGUUAGGGAUACCGUGACCAAUAAAUGUGUCCCGCUUGAAGAGUGCACCAAAAAAUAA